CCUGCUGCUACAUGUACAGAGCUGCUGUGAUGCUCUAUAAGGAUUCAGCACAAUUUGACAUUGCGGGAUUAACAGACACUCAACACUUCGACACAAACAUCAUUCCACUCCAAAUCGGUGCAGAAAAGGACGUUUAAUCUUCGCAUUGCCUUUCAAGGCUGAACAGACAUGAGUCGAUUUCACUCCCUGGCCUCUCUCAGGGGUCUGUGGAUGAGGGCUCGUGUGUGGGACCCUCACCGAUGCUGUUCCUCUGGAACACCCCUCAAUACAAGCUAUGUGGAAGAGAUGUACUAUGCCUGGCUUGAGGACCACAAAAACGUUCACAAGUCUUGGGAUGCCUAUUUCCGAAACGCCCAAGCCGACAGUCCAGUUAGAGAAGCUGGGGAAAGGCGUCUGUCUGCUCUUCUCCAGGGUCGAGCCAAUUCACAGACACCUGCAAUGUCUCAGAGAGUGGUGGAGGAUCACCUAGCUGUCUACAACCUUGUCAGAGCCUACCAGAUCCGUGGCCAUCAUGUAGCUCAGCUUGAUCCUCUUGGCAUCCUCACAGCGGACAAUGAUUCUUUUGUCCCCUCGGAUUUGAUAACAACACUUGACAAACUUGGCUUCUAUAGCUUGGAUGAAUCUGAUCUAGACAAGACCUUCCAGUUGCCAUCAACAACAUUUAUUGGUGGUCAGGAGGCUGUACUUACACUUAGGGAAAUUAUUCGCAGACUUGAGGCCUCAUACUGUGGUCAUAUUGGUGUGGAAUUCAUGUUUAUUAACAAUAUCGAGCAAUGCCAAUGGAUCAGGCAAAAGUUUGAGACUCCGGGCAUCAUGAAAUUUACUGACAGAGAGAAGAGGACCUUACUGGCACGGCUGGUGCGUUCAACACGCUUUGAGGACUUUCUGGCUCGUAAAUGGUCUUCUGAGAAACGCUUUGGCUUAGAGGGCUGUGAGGUCCUCAUCCCUGCUCUGAAGAUGAUCAUCGACAAAUCUAGUGCAGCUGGAAUUGAGAGUGUAAUUAUGGGCAUGCCUCACAGAGGUCGACUGAAUGUCUUGGCCAAUGUUGUCAGGAAAGAUCUUGAUCAGAUUUUCUGCCAAUUCGAUCCCAAACUAGAGGCUGCAGAAGAGGGCUCGGGAGAUGUGAAGUAUCAUCUGGGUAUGUACCAUGAGCGGAUCAACAGGGAGACUGAUAAGAACAUCACUCUGUCUCUUAUGGCUAACCCAUCUCACCUUGAGGCAGUGGACCCUGUCGUACAGGGCAAAACUAAAGCUGAGCAGUUCUACAGAGGAGACAAUGAGGGGAAGAAGGUGAUGUCCAUUCUCCUGCAUGGUGACGCUGCAUUCGCUGGUCAAGGAGUUGUCUAUGAAACUUUCCACCUCAGUGAGCUUCCCUCAUAUACCACUCAUGGCACCAUUCACGUUGUUGUCAACAACCAGAUUGGCUUCACUACUGAUCCGCGAAUGGCGCGCUCCUCUCCUUACCCCACUGAUGUGGCUCGUGUGGUCAACGCACCCAUUUUCCAUGUCAACGCUGAUGACCCUGAGGCUGUGAUGUAUGUUUGCAGAGUGGCUGCAGAAUGGAGAAAUACCUUUAACAAGGACGUGGUCAUAGAUCUGGUUUGUUACCGGCGCUUUGGCCACAAUGAAAUGGAUGAACCCAUGUUCACACAACCUCUCAUGUACAAGCAAAUCUGCAAGCAGGAGCAUGUGCUAAAAAAAUAUGCAGACAAGCUCAUUUUGGAGGGAGUGGUUACUCUGCAGGAGUUUGAGGAAGAAGUGGCUAAGUAUGACAAAAUUUGUGAAGAAGCAUACACUAGCUCCAAAGAUGAAAAGAUACUCCAUAUCCGUCACUGGCUGGACUCACCCUGGCCAAAUUUUUUCACAGAUGAGGGGGAACCAAAGUCUAUGAGCUAUCCUCCCACAGGGCUUCCCGAGGAUGUCCUGAAGCACAUCGGCCAGGCUGCCAGCUCUGUUCCUCAGAAAGACUUCUCCAUUCACAGUGGAGUGUCGCGGAUCUUGCGAGGCCGUGCCGACAUGGUUAGCAAGCGUACAGUGGACUGGGCUCUUGGGGAGUACAUGGCCUUUGGUUCCCUGCUGAAGGAUGGUGUCCAUGUGAGACUGAGUGGGCAAGAUGUAGAGCGGGGAACAUUCAGUCAUCGUCAUCACGUCCUGCAUGAUCAGGAAGUGGAUAAGCGCAUUUGUGUUCCAAUGAACCAUCUAUGGCAGAACCAAGCACCUUACACGGUGUGCAACAGCUCCCUGUCUGAGUAUGGAGUUUUAGGUUUUGAGCUGGGUUUUGCUAUGGCCAGUCCCAAUGCCCUGGUAUGCUGGGAAGCCCAGUUUGGCGAUUUCCACAACACGGCACAGUGCAUCAUAGACCAGUUCAUCAGUCCAGGUCAGGCCAAGUGGGUCCGAAACAACGGCAUUGUCCUUCUGCUACCUCAUGGCAUGGAAGGAAUGGGCCCAGAGCACUCAUCAGCAAGGCCUGAGCGUUUCUUGCAGAUGAGCAAGGAUGACCCUGAUCGCUAUCAGGAAUUCACUGGAGAUUUUGAGGUCCAACAGCUCUAUGACUGUAACUGGAUUGUUGUCAACUGCUCGACACCUGCUAACUACUUUCAUGUGCUGAGGAGGCAGAUCUUAUUACCAUUCAGAAAGCCACUAAUUAUUUUUACUCCAAAGUCCUUACUGAGGCUCCCUGAGGCCCGCUCCAGCUUUGAUGAGAUGACCCCAGAAACCAAGUUUAAAAGAAUCAUACCAGAUGAGGGUCCUGCAUCUAAAAUCCCAGGCACUGUGAAGAGGGUCAUCUUCUGCACUGGCAAAGUCUACUAUGAGCUAGCAAAAGAGAGACAACAACUUGGACUGGAAGAUAGGGUUGCAAUUGUUCGAAUGGAGCAGAUAUCUCCAUUUCCUUAUGACCUUAUCAAGAAAGAACUUCAGAUGUAUGGCAAUGCUGAGCUCAUAUGGUGUCAGGAAGAGCAUAAGAACAUGGGUUAUUAUGACUACAUAAGACCACGCUUCCUUAGUGUGCUCUCCAACGAGAAACCAAUAUGGUAUGUUGGUCGUGACCCUGCUGCAGCUCCUGCCACAGGAAACAAAUUCACACACCUUGCAGAGCUAAAGAAGUUCAUAACCACUGCAUUCGACCUUAAUGCAUUUGAGGGCAAGAGCUUUUAAUCUAAUGAAAUACCUGUUGUCUAAAUGUUGCUUAGAACUUUUGCUUUAACCUCAUGGAAGGCUUGCAUUUAAAACACAAUGCAUAUAUAGCAAGAGAGCCCUGUAUCAUACGGGUUUUAAUUACCUUGUUCAUCUGUUUUAGAAACUAAUAUAGACAUGUUUAUUCAUAUCCAAGAACUAGUACAGAUAUUAAUAGAAUAUGAUAUUAGAAUGCAUGUGUGCAUCAGGUCUGGGAGUAUUUAGAGUAGAGUUUAUCACAAUGCUUGUUAUUCUUUCCCACACAAUAUUCUUUUCCCACAUCUCUCAUAAUUCUCUCUUUGUUCUGAGACACCAAACAGAUGGCAUAGUGAUAACCAGCAAUAUACUUUAUAGCCGUCAUGAUUUUCUUAGUUGCUCCUAAAUUACAAUUUUCCUUUUGGGACUAUGAAGUGUAGAGUAGGACUAUGAAGUAGGGCCAGUGUGCUUAUGAUACAUGUCUAAACCAAAGGAUAUAAACCAAACAUUCAUAGGUAAAUGUUUUGAAAUAAAUGAACAUGACAGUGUAAGCCUGGCCUUGUCUGAGCUCUUCAGCAAAAAUGAUAAAAAAUUACUGUUAAGUAAUUUGUUUGUCUUUUUAUUAAGUAUUACAGGAUAUUCAUAUGCAUUUACAGUAUUUAGCACACGCCCUUAUCCAGAGCGACUUAAAUUAUCUCAUUUUAUACAACUGAGCAAUUCAGGGUUAAGGGCCUUGCUCAGGAGCAAAACAGUGGCAGUUUGGU